AUGUCCUUCCAAACCAUCCCUACGCAAUACGCCUCUGUCAACGGCACCAAAAUCGCCUACAGACGUCUCGGAAAGCCUGCGAACGACAACAUCCCCCUCCUCUUCCUAACCCACUUCCGCGGCACUAUGGACAUCAUCGAUCCUCUCCUCGCCAAUACAAUUGCCAAAUCCCGCGAGCUGAUCCUCUUUGACAGCAUCGGCGUCGGCCACAGCGAGGGCGCCAUUCCCUCCACCCUCCAAUCCGCCGGCGCAAUAACCGUCGCUUUCCUUGCCGCCAUCGGUGUCCCCAAGGUCGAUCUUCUCGGCUUCUCGAUGGGCGGACUGACGGCUCAGGUCAUCGCCGUCGAGCACCCGGCCGUGGUGAGGAAACUGGUGCUCGCCGGGACGCAGUCAAGUUACUCGCCGGGCGCUGUGGGUGCUCCGCGGGAGAUCUUCGAACUCGCCUCUGGACCAUCGCCUGACGAAGAGGUCAUGUUGAAAUUGUUCUUCUACCCUUCCGAAACGAGCAGGGCGCUGGGUUCCGCCUGGUGGCGUCGGAUUCAAGAGCGCGACCUUUCUGACGAGAAGCGCACGAUGUUUGUGAGUCAGGAGGGAGCGCAAGUCCAGCAGGAAGCUAUCACGAAUUUUGUUUCCGAUGCGACGUUCUGGGACAAGGUGAAGGGGUUGGAUGUUCGGGUUCUGAUUACGAAUGGGAAGGAUGAUGUUAUGACACCCACACCCAAUAGCUGGCUUAUGCAGCAAAACUUUCGGAAUGCUCAGUUGUAUUUGUACCCGGAUUCCGGGCAUGGACAUUUGUAUCAGGAGCCUGAGGCGUAUGCUAGGCUAUUGGAGCUGUUUUUGGGGUAGCCAGACUAGCAGAUGAUUGGAU